AAAACGAUGUCGUUUCUGGCAGAAGAAAUUGGGAUGUGCUUGGGUCACUGAACUAAAGAGCAUCAAUCAUCCUCAUCAUAAACUCGAUACAGCAGCAGCAGCGUCGUCUCCAGAUUCUAAAAGUGUAUCAAUCGAAUGGAGCUGUGACUCACAGCCUGUGAGUUCGUGGUUGGGGAGGAAAAAGAAUCGGGGACUGAUAGUUUCGGCUUCUGAGGAGCAGAGCUCAAGCCCCAAUUUGCAGAAGAGAAGUGUACAAGGCUCACAACUUUGAAGGACUGACAAUGAAGUUGUUUGAGGUCAAUGGAAGCACCCUCUCUCUUGCUCUCUUCAUUGAAGUAACCAAUUCCAAGGAACUGCUUGAUUCUAUGCAAGCUGCGACACUAGAUCCAGAAGUUGCAUUUCUGAAUGCGUCACUUAUCCCAGAUGUUUUUCCUUUGCUUGCAGCUGCACAUAAGACACUCAUAUCCAAGUCCCGAGACUCACUGACAACACGCACUCUUCAUUCUGAGCUUGUUUACAACUACUCAGGAUCCAAGCAUAUCACAGAAUCCUUGAAAAGAUGUGGCAUCUCCGAGAGUUCAACUUAUGUGCUUGCCGCUUGUUUCAAUGCUACUUCUGAUGAGAUAGAACAGAAAACAGUAGAGAAACUUGUCAAUGGAAAAGAGAUUGAUUUGGAGGAGCUGGGAGGGAGAGCGGACCAAGCCCAGAUACAGAAGCAUUAUAAGAUAACUAGCCAGGAGUUAGGGAUAUCCUCACUUGCUGAUGCUAUUACAUGUCGGAUUGCUGCUCGUGAUGCCUUGUGAGAAGAAAGAAUUGUAACUUGUUUGAUGUUCAGGGGAUUGAGGGUACAAUUAGGUGGCCAAGGGAACAGAAAAGUGGAGGAUUUCACUGUUUUUGAUUGGCAAAUUGAACUGUCUGCUGGUGUUUAGAGUAAUUUUCGGCAAAGCUGGAAUUUUAAAUUGCGAGGCUAUAGCCUAUAGACCCUGUAAUGAAACUAUGCAAUAUUACCUUAAAUUGUGAGGCUGAGAAGAGUAAUCCCACCUUAUCAUCA